GUUUUGAUUCUUCUGUUAAGCGUCAGCCACAUGUUUUUUUCUACUUGAAGAUGUCUUUGAUCUUUCGUCGUCAAAAUAUUAUCCUCUUUGACUCUAUUUUGCGUAGAAGACUUUUCUUCCUCCAGAAGUUUCCCUUUUCUUCUAUUUUAAAUCUUCUUUCGCACUUGGAGAUUCACGAGUUUGUCGGAUCGAUCCAUUUUUAGUUUUUUUUUAACUCGGGCUUGCUCAGUUAGGAAUGUUCACCUAGUACACCACAAGAGUUGCACACGAUGGUUGAUUUUCAUCUUUUGCUAUGAACGGUCCUUGACAAUGAUUUGAUGAAAAAGAAUCUAUUCUUUCGCAGAUCCAUGACCACGACCAGCCGUAAAAACACACAUUGGUGUAACACUUGUAGACGAGGAGUUCGUCUUCAAGGAGAGGGAAGAAGAGGAGGAGCUUGCAUUCACUGUGGUGACGUCUUUCUUGAAAGGCUAUAUGAGAACGUGGAACUAAGCCCUUUUGAUUUCUUUGGAUUAGCCUUUGAAGAAGAAGCUCAUAACCGUGGCAACAACAGAAGAUCGGUUCUUGGAGGAGACCAACUAAGUUUCGAAGAGCUGUUUAACCGUCUGUCAACGCAAGACCGUCGCGGUCCUCCUCCCGCUUCACUAGCCGCGAUCAACACGUUGCAAAAGAUCAAAAUCAGGCAGAAGCAUAUCGGUAAUUUGGAUCUGUGUUGCCCGGUUUGUCAAGACCGGUUUGAAAUAGGAUCGGAUGCAAGAAAGAUGCCGUGUAAACAUAUCUACCAUUCAGAAUGUAUAGCCCCGUGGUUAGUCCAGCGUAAUACUUGCCCGGUGUGUCGCAAAGAACUGCCACAAGACCGGAAUAAUGGCUGGAAAAAGCCAUUUAUGUAUCUGUGGCCGUUCAGGUCUUCUGGUUUGGCCUAAAACCACAAUGGAUCACCUUUCCAUUGAGAUGCUUUUGUAUUAUAAUCCAUGUUAGUAUAUAAUGUUUUUUUUUUUAAAUGUGGCUUUUCAACAGUUGGUUUUCUAGCUACAUUGUAGUCUUACUCUUAUGUAAUGUAUUAAAAUACAUUUGUUUAUUUUGUACUAUAAACAAUUUUUGAAUAAAUUUUUCUUUUUAAAUGGA